AUGAUAUGCCGUGCUGGAAGACAAUCUUUGGGCGCCUAAAUGAUGAAUUAUCUGAAGGUGAUGAUGACUGGAUGGCAAAACUCUUCCGUGUCAUCAGAAAACAGAAUACAAGAGAUUGUGAAGAUAAAGGAUCGAUUAUUAUGCAGUGAUGGCAAGAACAGAACAUUUGCAAAAUGGUUAAGUGAAGACUACAACAAAAUCAAGACAAUGUACUAGACACACUAAAAAUGUAGUCGCAAGGAAUUAGAUUGGAGGAAAGCUUUUCCCCAUAUCCCAACACUUACCUCCCAACCUCGCAAUACAUCCUAUCACAAACAAGUAAAGAUAAAACAGUAAGCAUCACACUACAUCACAAUACUCCAGAAUGCCCAACAUGAAUAGGGAAGCUAGGGAGAAGAUCAUGUCAUCCCCGGUGUUUAGAAGUCAAAGGCUGUCAAGAAAAUCAGUUUUUCGCAAUGCACUGAUAAGUAAGAAUGACACCUGUCUUUCCACAAGCCCCAAAAAUAUACAGCAGAAAUCCUCUCGGAGUCCCUUGUCGUCACCUGUCCUUAGGAGUCAAAGAAAAGUCAGGUGUGGGGUUGGUGUAGGAACUGAUGAGAACACACCCUCCAGGAAGAGACCAAGAGGACAUGAUGAAAGGCAAACUACCAAGAUGAUGUUAGAUUCACCAAAAAGUACAACUCCAAGGUCAAGAAAGUCUGUAGAAAUUGACAGCCCUUCAACUGUAUUCAUGAAUCAUGAGGACUCCUUCCUAGAAAGUGUCAAUUUUGAUGAACUGGACUCUUUGUGCUCAUCAUUAGAGUUAACUCCACUUGAAAAGACAAAGGCUCUAAAUAACAACAGAACUCCUUUGUCUAACAGUGGUUUAAAUUCAAGCCCAUAUCUAUUACGCAAAACUCCACGAAGAAUUAACCUUCAGCUCUCAAGUGAACACAUUCAGCCACCAAGAAGAGUAUGCAACAAUCAAAAUGCUAUCACUAAAGCUAGAAAUCAAAUGUCAGAUGACUUCUGUAAAGAGAAGGUAAUUGUUAAUAAGUGUAUUGUUAAAACUAGUGAUCCAAAGAAAUUCACAGUGUAUGAGAGAAGUAUUAUUCCAGAAAGCAGCUGUAGUACUAAUAGUAGCAAUCCACAUACUACAUCCAGUGUUAAUUGUAGUUACCAGACAAAUGAUGUUAUCACAAAAGCGAGUUCCAAGAAGAUUUCUGGGAGAAGUUCACCAGAUAUUUUUGGGGAAGAGCAGUUAGACUCUCAGUUUGAUGAUACGUUUGGCCUCACAGACACCCAAAUGUCAUGCCUGGAUGAAGCAUAUUUUGAUGAUAGCAGUAAUCCUUCACAUAACACUCAAGAUUUCAUUAAGCCCAGUGCAAAGGUUGUAGUGAAAUCCACUUCUAGUCAUGAAGCAGCUAAUAUUAAGAAUAAUACAACCCAAGAGAUAUCACCCUCAACCUCUAAUGGACAAGCACCACACAAUAAAUCAGGAGAUUCAUUUGGUUCUCCGGACUCGCAGCUUAGUUUUAUCAGCACACAGGGAUCUCAGCCUCUUCUGGAUCGUUUUCAGAACAGGUUUAAGGAUGCAGUGGCUUCAGAUCAGACUGAUGCACCCAUUAAGACUACUACACAACGUCGAGCAGAAGUUGUCGCUGCAGUGAUGGAAGCUGUAGAAACAAACUUAAAUGAUGACUUUGAACUUGGUCCAUUUUUUGGACUGCCCUCCAAGGUGCUGGAUGUGCUCAGUGCCCAUCGUGGCAUUUCAAAGCUCUAUGAUUGGCAGGAGGAGUGUAUUAUUAAAGGCUCAGGAUCAGAAAACCUCAUCUUUUCCCUCCCAACAAGUGGUGGGAAGACUCUGGUGGCAGAAGUGCUGAUGCUGCGGCAGUUGCUACUCAAAAAACAAAAUGCUCUUCUAAUUCUUCCCUAUGUGGCUCUUGUCCAAGAAAAAGUACGUGGCCUGGCACCUUUUGGAGUGGAGCUAGAGUUUCUUAUUGAAGAAUAUGCUGGAAGCCGUGGAUCAUUCCCUCCCAAGGCUAAGCGAAAGAAGAGUGUGUUGUAUAUAGCCACAAUAGAGAAGGCUUCUGGACUUGUGAAUGCACUGCUAGAAACUGAUCGCAUGCAAGAGUUGGGACUAGUGGUAGUGGAUGAGGUCCACAUGCUUGCUGAGCCUGGGGGUCGUGGUGCCAUGUUGGAAUCCAUCAUUACCAAGUUGCGCUAUGCUGCCCGAAAGGUACAGCUGGUUGCGAUGAGUGCCACAGUGGGUAACCUGAACGAGUUGGCAAGCUUUUUAGGAGCACAGUUAUACACAGGAAACUUUAGGCCUGUGGAGCUUGCAGAGUACGUGAAGAUUACCAACCAAAUUUGGGAGAUCAACACCUCUGCUCGUGUUGAAGAAGAUCUGUUGAAGAAUAAGCGUCUGAGUUGUUUUCCGUACUCUCAAGAGCAGAAGAAGAUUGACAUUGAUAUGGUGGGUGGUCUAGUUGGCGAAGUAGUUCCAGAACAUUCGUGCCUCGUCUUCUGCCCUACAAAGCGCAACUGUGAAACUUUGGCAGAGCUCAUUUGUCGAAUUCUGCCCAAGGGAUUGACUAAAAUACGAGUGACUGAUAAACGGGCUCUCUACCGUGCCCUCUCUGAAGAGGGGUCUGGGGUUGUGUGCCCAGUUUUGAGGAGGACCAUCCCAUAUGGUGUUGCAUAUCAUCACUCUGGUUUAACAGAAGGAGAGAGACGACUCCUGGAAGAGGGUUACCUUGCUGGAACUCUGUGUUGCCUUUGCUGUACUUCCACUCUUGCUGCUGGUGUCAACCUUCCAGCUAGAAGAGUAAUUAUCCGGUCACCUUACACUGGGAGUGCCUUUCUCACGCGUGCAAGGUACAAGCAGAUGGUAGGACGGGCAGGACGUGCAGGCCUUGACACAUGUGGAGAGAGCUUCCUCAUUCUCCAGCCAAAAGACACGAAAGAAGCUGGACUACUUUUGCUGUCUCCAAUUGAAGUCUGCACAUCCACACUAGCAGAUCAAGAAUGGCAUGGACUAACAGGGUUGGUGUUCACUUCUUUGGGCUUGGGAGUAGCUGUAACACUUCCGCAGUUGAAAGCUCUGACUCGACGCUCACUUCUCGCCCUUCAAGCUCAUAGGCUGAACAUAGAUGUGGAGCCGCAGGUGGAUAAGAUUGUGGAGGACCUGAGAGCUCAAGGUCUUGUUCGUAUUAAAGUUGAUGUCCCAGAACCAAAGUCAUCAAAAGGAGCUGCAGCUGAAAGUUCAGGAAGCAAAGGUCGCCAGAGUGAGCAGUCCCAGAAUUCUACAAUAUGCAGUUCUUCCUCUUCAAGCCCUCCAUCUCUUGAAAAUGAUAUGGCUCAGAUUAUAAACCGUCCCAUCUGUGAAAAUGACAUACUUACUGUUAGUAGACUAGGCAGGGCAGCUGUUAAAGGGAAUGUUGAACUGAAGCUAGCUGGACAACUUUACAAGGAUCUUUGCCUUGCACGUGAGAAUCUUGCCGUCAACAGCCACCUCCACCUUUUAUUCCUAGUGACCCCAUACGAGGCAGCAGAGAACAUCAAAAUCAUACCAGAUGUUUACUACAGUGCGUAUAGUAAACUUGCUACAGAUGAGGUAAAGGUUGCCAAAGUUUUGGGCAUCACAGAGGCUGUUAUGGUCAGGAUCAGCAUGGGUCAGAAUGUAAAGAAAGUGAAGGAGUCGGUUUUGAAACGAUUUUAUUUGGCUCUCCUGCUCUUCCAACUGUGGUCUGGUAUGAGUAUAUGGGAGGCCAGUGAAAUGUUCCGAAUACACAGGGGCUUCACACAGCAAGCACUGUCGUCUGCAUCAGCAUUUGCGUCCUGUGUCUUCCAUUUUUGCCAGGAAUUGGAAGAGUUGUGGGCAUUCAGAGACCUUUUAGCCAACUUUACCCGUCAGUUGUCGGGAUGCUGCACAGCUGAAUUGCUUCCUCUGUUAGACCUGCCUUCUGUGAAAAAGGGCAGGGCACGUCUACUUUACAAUGCUGGAUAUCACACGUUGAAAGACAUUGCAAAUGCUAAUGCAAAAGAUUUGACUCAAUGUGUUGACCACCUGCCAUUUCGCACUGCUGCACAGAUUGUUAGCUCAGCAAAGAUGCUUUUACAGAUGUUACUGCUAGAGCAGGCAGAAGCACUGCAAGGUGAAGCAGAAGAGGUCCUUUCAGGUCUUCGUGAAGCUUCAUCAGAGACAGACUUGCCAGCAAAACUAAAGCCCAAUCAGAGUGAGCAGAGUGGUUUUGUCGGAAUUGCAAAAUAGUUUUGAUGUAUCUGUGGGUAUACAUAUUCAUAUACAAAAGUGAUAUUGAGGAAGAGUCCUUUAUUAUCCACAGUUUCAAGUUGAGGUUUGGAAAUAAGCUGGUGGAAACUGAUGUAGUUGAAACCACACUAGAAAAUUAAAAUAAUGUUCACAGAAGUACAGUAAAAGAUACUGUAUUCUGUUAAAUUCCAUGUUUUGUUCAGCACUGUUGUUUAUGCUAUAAAAGGCUUUAGAAAGUUUGGAUACAAUUCGCUAAUUGAUGAAGAUUAUUUUUAUAUGACUAAUGCAUACAUAGAGUAAUAUAAACAGUGUGUUGGUUACAAUGGCAUUUAAAAAACCUAAGUAAAGCACUUUUGAUAACAAUAAGAUGUAACACAUUUUAAAGUUUGUCAUCUAUUGUAGUUAUUUUUCAGUGUGGAAGAUUUUUUUUGACCAAAGAGUCAAGAGACAUUGAACUUUGUUGAAAUAGCAGGUAUUGAGCAGAUUUACAUUCUAGCUUAGUAGUAAUAGGAAAAUCAAUAGAUUUAUGAAUCUCUCAGAAAUAUGUAACCACUUGUUAUUUUGUUAUUGGGUGAUGAAGAAUUGAAAAUCAUUAUAUUUUUAUGAAAAGUAAUUUCUCUGAUGUCUUCUCUCAGCAUGAAUAUACAAAUCCUGAAAUACAUUCAUGUUACUUUUGUUGGCUGUCACCUGUGAUCAUCUUCAUUGAUUUAUUUUGAAGUAUGUGAUAUUUAUCUUAAGCUGUAUCAUAUUGAUAUGAGUGUAACUAUAAGUAAUCUUAGAAGGACUGUAAAAUACUCCUUACUUUUAAUGUAUCUCAUGUACUUGUAUUAUAAUUUAAUGUGAGUAUUCAUGACUCUUUCAGCUUGUAAUGUGUAUAUGAUAUAUAUUUAUAUAUAAUGCUUUGAAGAGUGAAAGUUCAGUCUCUUAUACAGAUAUUUAUUUUCUUUAAUUGAAGGAGAAGUCUUUUUUUUGCAUUGUCUUAUAUAAAAAAAAGGCCGUGAAUGUACUUCAUUGGCUAUUUGGUAUUUUUUAACUUCUUGGUCUUUUGGUUGGUAGUACUUUAGGCUGUGUUUCCUAAACUUGAACUUCUGUACUACAAGGACGUUCUAUUGUCAGAGUUGAUGAGCAGAUCACUUAAGAAUGUAUUAUUCCAAGUGAAUAAGAAACACAUUAUUCCAAUUAAUAUUUUCUUAAAAGUUGUUUUUAAGGUGUACCAUAUGCAUCGCAAUAUUUUAGUAUUUUGUGUCUAUAAGCCAGAGAGUGUCUAUUAAAACAGUGUUUCCAGUGAUGAUUGUAAUGCCUACCUUUUUAUCACAAAAUGGUGGCAGUGUAUAAGCAUUGAAAGAUUAUAUAUAAAUAAUGAUUUCCUUUUCAAAAUAGUAUUUUUUCUAUGAUU